AUGUUAAGACUUUUUAAAUCAGCAAGUUCAACUUCACUACAUUCCAACAUUGGUUUAGUGUCGUCAGCAACACCAUUCAGUAGUUUUCAGCGUCGUUUCUUCUCACUCGAGAGUUUGAAACAGAAAACAAAGAAUCAAAAGUUGAUCAAUUGGGUAGAGGAACAAGCUAAACUGUGUCAACCAGAUAAGAUCUAUGUCUGUGAUGGUUCAGAGGAAGAAUAUACUGGAUUCUGUAAUGAUAUGAUUAAAGCAGGUGUUCUAACAAAACUUAAUAGUAAGAGACCAAACAGUUAUUUGGCUAGAUCGGAUCCAGGUGAUGUUGCUCGUGUCGAAUCACGUACCUACAUCUGCACCAAGAACAAAGAGGAUGCUGGUCCCAACAAUAAUUGGGUAGAUCCCAAGGAAAUGAAGCAAACAUUGAAGCCACUCUUCUCUGGCUCGAUGAAGGGUCGUACCAUGUAUGUGAUGCCAUUCAGUAUGGGUCCAUUGGGUUCGCCAAUCUCACACAUCGGUGUACAAGUUACCGAUUCGCCAUUCGUCGUCUGUAAUAUGCGUAUCAUGACACGAAUGGGUCAAGAUGUUCUCAAGGCACUCGAUAAUGGUGCUGAUUUCGUCGAAUGUUUACACACGGUCGGUGCUCCACUUGCCCCGGGCGUCGAAGAUUCCAAGUGGCCGUGCAACUCCACCAAAUACAUCGUGCACUACCCAGAGGAUCGCGCCAUCGCCAGUUUCGGAUCGGGUUACGGUGGUAACGCCUUGCUCGGAAAGAAGUGUUUCUCGUUGAGAAUUGCAUCGUCGAUGGCCAAGAAAGACGGUUGGCUCGCCGAGCACAUGUUGAUUCUCGGUAUCACCAAUCCAAAGGGUGAGAAGCGUUACAUUGCCGCUGCAUUCCCAUCGGCCUGUGGAAAGACAAAUCUCGCCAUGAUGCUGCCAACCAUUCCAGGCUGGAAGAUCGAAACGAUCGGUGACGACAUUGCCUGGAUGAAAUUUGGUAGCGACGGUCGUCUCUACGCUAUCAACCCAGAGAAUGGAAUGUUUGGUGUGGCACCGGGUACCUCUGCCAGUUCCAACCCGAACGCACUCGAGACCAUCUCUAGAAAUUCGAUAUUCACAAACGUUGCACUCACCCCCGAUAACGAUGUCUGGUGGGAGGGUCUCGGACCUGCACCUGCCAAGGCCAUCGACUGGACCGGUCGCGAUUGGACACCAUCUUCCGGACGUCCUGCCGCCCAUCCAAACUCGCGUUUCACAGCACCAAUGUCACAGUGUCCCUCGGUCGAUCCAUCGUGGUCGAACCCCAAGGGUGUGCCAAUCUCUGCCAUCAUUUUCGGUGGACGUAGAUCGUCGACCAUUCCACUGGUCUACCAGGCAUUCGACUGGAAACACGGAACUUUCAUGGGUGCUUCCACCGCUUCAGAACUGACCGCUGCCGCCGAGGGAACCCUAGGUGCAUUGCGUCACGAUCCAUUCGCCAUGCUUCCGUUCUGUGGUUACAAUAUGGCCGACUACUUUGACCACUGGCUCUCGAUGGAGAACCGCACCAACAAGACAUCGAACUUGCCAAAGAUCUUCUAUGUCAACUGGUUCCGUAAGAACAAGCAAGGUAAAUUCUUGUGGCCAGGAUUCGGUGAGAACUCACGUGUUCUCAAGUGGAUCUUUGAGCGUUGCGCUGCCAAAGGUGAAGAGGGUGCUGAGGUCACACCAAUCGGUUACAUCCCAUCGAACGGUUCACUCGAUCUGAACGGUUUGGAUAUCUCAAAGGACAGCAUGCGUGAAUUGUUUACCAUCGAAAAGAAAGAGUGGUUGAACGAUCUUCAAAGCAUGAAAAAGUACGUUGCGCAAUUCGGUGAUCGUUUACCAAAGGAAAUUUCAAAUCAAAUGAAUGAACUUGAAAAGAGAUUAAAUGAUGACAAUUAA